GAGCUCGCGGUUACCAUUCGCAGGGCAAGCUGCAAGAUACAGCACCCGGCCAACCUACCGCACCUCACUCUGCGCAAUGUGCACCGGGUGGUGAUGAUCUUGCGAUGGCCAAGUCUUGUCCUCGGUCUCCUUGAUGUCAUGCCGACUAUCCUCGCGUUGUUUCUUGUUGAUCCCCCACCGGCCAUUCGCCCUUCCGACUCGGCGCGACGCCCGCGACGGAGGGAGAGAAGACGAAUAAACUCUUCCAGAAAUACCGCCGGAAGCUACCUCUUCCACCGAUCACCCCUGCUCCGAGAGUUCAGCAUCUGCGAACUCUAUCCAUCUUAUCCGCUUUCUCCACCGUGACCGUCGGCCUUUGAGUGGCAAAUCGUCAAAUUCACGCAAGGUAGCAAUGCGCACAUCUUCGCCUCACGGGGCUCAGAUGCAUGCAACCGGCCUGCUUGCACUCCACGUAACGUCUCUUACUGCUUGCACUCCAUGCAACGUUUCUUGCUUAUAUACCAUCAAUCGACGAGUGUCUAAGGUGGAUGCCUUGGGCUUCGACUGCUGGGGUAUGGAGAUUGAUGCCUUGGGUCUCGACUGCUCGCACCCCUGCUACGAAGCUCUCCCCGCGACCGCCAACCCAC